UCUUUUUUCAGCAAGUUGCAGCUAAGUCCACUUUGACAACCAGCACGAACUUAUCAUCGUUUUAACAAAACCAUGUUCAUCUCAAACCCCAACAUCGGCGAUCGCUCGCGGUUAGAAGACUGGAGAAUCAAAGGUUACGACCCGUUAACUGCUCCCGACUUGUUACAACAUGAGCUCCCAUUAACUGAGAAGAACCAAAAGGUGAUCUUGGAAGGAAGAGAGCAGGCCUGUGACAUUUUGAAUGGGAAGGAUGACCGAUUGAUCUUAGUCAUCGGACCAUGUUCCAUUCACGAUCCCAAGGCAGCGAUGGACUACGCCACCCGUUUGGAGGCCCAGGCCGAAAAGUACAAAGGCGAAUUACACAUCGUCAUGAGAGCUUACUUGGAAAAACCCAGAACCACCGUUGGUUGGAAAGGUUUAAUCAACGACCCCGAAAUCGAUGGUUCUUUUCAAAUAAAUAAAGGAUUGAGAAUCGCUAGAGGCUUGUUUGUGGAGUUGACCAAAAAGUUACCUAUCGCAGGAGAAAUGUUGGACACGAUUUCUCCCCAGUUCUUGUCGGACUUGUUCUCGGUGGGUGCCAUUGGAGCCAGAACCACUGAGUCGCAGUUGCACAGAGAAUUGGCAUCGGGAUUAUCUUUCCCCGUAGGGUUCAAAAACGGUACCGACGGUACUUUGGGAGUGGCGGUUGAUGCCAUGAGGGCUGCUGCCCACCCCCACCACUUUUUAUCGGUGACAAAACCUGGUGUGGUUGCAAUUGUAGGAACAGAAGGGAACGAAGACUGUUUUGUGAUUUUGAGAGGUGGUAAAAAGGGUACCAACUACGACGAAGCUUCAGUCGACGAGUGUCAGGAGGUGUUGGUCAAGUCCAAGAUCGUUACCGACGAUAAGCCUGGUCCCAGAAUCAUGGUGGACUGUUCUCACGGCAACUCCAACAAAAACCAUAUGAACCAACCGUUGGUGGCGGCUGAAAUUGCUGCUCAGUUGAAGAAAGGGUCUACUAAGAUCUGUGGGUUGAUGAUUGAAUCGAACAUAGAAGAGGGAAGACAGGAUGUUCCACCACUUGAAAAGGGUGGAAAAGAUGCUUUGAAAUACGGGUGCUCGAUUACUGAUGCUUGUAUAGGAUGGAACGACACCGAAAAGGUGUUGGAGCUUUUGUCCGAUGCCGUCAAGGCCAGAAGAAACUUGUAAUUACAUGUAUAUGUUUGUAUAUACGGGCAAAAACUGUUACACGACUGGAGUUUGUGGAACAUGCACAAACUUUGAUGAAAGCUUUCGCAAACCCAGUGUUCCUUAAAGGUGCGGUGGUGUACGGCAUCGUCACCGAGGGGCCAGUCUGAAACCGGUCCAUGUCAAGCUUUCUCAGCACCAAAGUUUGUAGCAUAUGCAGUCAACACUCUGUACAGUCAAGAAGACGACUUUUUCAGGUCCUCAACUAGGUGUGCUGUUAAUAGAAUAUGACCCAUCACAAUCAUAGCAACAAUGUUGGGAUAUGUUACGGCCUAGAAGGCGUCUUGAAAAGCAUUUAUCUCAAGACUGCUGAUAAAUGCGUGGAGUUUUAAGCCCCGACAGAACCGGGUUUAUUGAGAUAAGUAAAAAUUUUGCACAUCCUGAUUACAAAAAAUACCCGCUGUUC